AUGGGCAAGGCAUUAGAUCAAAUCUCCAAGUCGCCUUUCAAGCGAAGAAUUGAGCGAGCAGAACUCCCCUGGCGGUUCACUCAACCUGUGUUUACCAUGUAUAAUGGCAAGACAGACCCCGUAGAGCAUGCGAGCCACUUCAAUCAGAGAAUGGCCGCCCAUUCCAGAGACGAAGCCUUGAUGUGCAAAGUCUUCCCAUCCAACCUACGACUCGUAGCAAUGAGAUGGUUUGAUAGCUUGAAGGCCGAUUCCAUAAACUCCUUUAAGGAGCUCACCCAGGCAUUUGGUUCUCUCUUCAUCACCUGCAGUAGAGUCCCUCGACCCCUAUCUUCCCUACUAUCUCUGAGUAUGAGAAAGGGAGAGACCCUGAAAACAUACUCAGACAGAUAUUGGGAGAUGUACAAUGAGAUGAACGAUAACUUUGAAGACGUCGCCAUCAGCACCUUCAAGAGUGGCCUCCCAAUCGAGCAUGGCUUAAGGAAGUCCCUAAUGGGAAAACCUGUCACCAAUUUGCGUCAACUCAUAGACCGUAUUGACAAGUAUAAGAGGGUCGAGGAAGACCAGCAAAUAGGUAAAGGAAAGGAUAAGGUUAUCCCUCAGGAAAUGAGGGAUUUCAGGUCGGACCAAUACAAUAAUAACCGGCCACAGAGAGAUUUUGGUGGUCAAUUAGGACCUACCAACACUCAGAUGGUCAAUGCAGUGUUCUGA